AUGGCGACUGCUGGGAACAAGCCGGUGUUUGUCACCAGUGAUGUCCUGGCUUUAGGAAGGAAAGAGUGCGUUACACGACUUCGGGCUAAAUUGUCGGACUUAUUGGGACAGGGAGAUGAAGCUUUCGACCAAGUUUCGCAGUACUUUUAUGAGCUCAUAUGGGCGGUCCUUAAGGGUCGACCCGGAUACGCCCUUGAAGAGCAGCCCUGCGUUGAAAUUCUCAGGGGCAUGGGCUUCACCAGAGCUCACCAAGAGGCUCUGCUGGACCACCUGUUCAUCGCAUGCCACUACGAGCCGUGUUCCAAGGCAGCCCUGAGUCUAGUACGAGGACUGCAGAGGGGCGGGGUCGUAUCGCUGGCUACGACACUGGGCAACAUGGAACCCCAUAUGGGAGUGCCCGCUGAGAUCGUAUCUCCAGAGGUCUUCCGCCGGAAGAUUAUGCAAGCUCGAACGAAGCAGCUGUACAGCGUAAAGAAAUACAAUACCUUUCGGGAGUGCUCGGAGGGCUAUGCUGCUGCGAUGGAGACGGUGUGGUCGGUGAGCAGCCGUAGGUCCAAGGAUGAGGCCUUGAAAUGUGGGCAGGAGUUGAAGAGAAUCAUAGCCCACUACCAGCUGUGCCCGACAAGGGUCUGUGCCAUGGUAGUGGAUACAGUACAGUGGUGGUUCGGCCAGGCUAUGAGGAGGUAUUGGUAUGGUAGGAAGAGUGAUAGGGCGGCCAAGGGCGAACCAGAGUUACCAUCGAGUGCUCGGUUCGCGGAAGUACUCGAGUGGUAUUUGGAGAUCCUACGAGGCUACCAUCACACUCAGCUGAUGUCAGUGCUGAAGUUCUAUCUGUCCUGUUACAAUAAGAUUCCCUUUUUGGUCCACACCGACAACCCGCCUAUCUCCAUCCACGACAUCGUUCCUCCUGCUGAUCUUCAUGCCCCUACCUCUGCUAGGACUGGGGGUGUCCAACACUCUAAACGUGACAGUGCGACAUCAGAGAGUCACUCUGGCAACCCGGCGGACAGCAACUCGGCCUCGGCAAUCCGUCUGGCUCGCUCGAACGUCCUCUAUGAAUUCGCUGGGAUUCUCAUCGUAUUACUUCGUGGGGAUCUCAUCUCUCCGACAGAGCUAGGAGAGGAGCUGUGGGAGUACAUGUACAUGCAUCCCAGGGCCGACAAUGACCCUGUUAUUGCUAAGCUGGAGGCGGAGGCUACGGAGAGUUACAAGGCGGCUAUCAACGCGCACACUGCGAUUAUUAUUGGAGGCUCUGCUGAGGACCCUGACCAGAAGAUGCAAAAGGCCAUAGAUGCCCUGUCUGAGUACCGAGAUAUCCCCACCUGCCUCGUCCAAGCGGCUCUCGAUGCUGGUGAUGUCGCUCUAGCGAAGCGUAUUGUCCAGCGACUGCAGUUCUCGAGACCAGCACUGCUAUCCACGGUCCGCCAGGGCUUAACAGACGAGUUGGCGUGGCUGUUGUGCACUAGUGGUGACACGAGGAGUCGCCGUCACAUGGCUAGGCUGGCUCAACAUCCUCUACGGAACUACUCUGACCCUAGCCGUCCAGAAGACCCUCUACUCGAAGAGGGUUGCGAUGCUCUGUGGUUGAUCGAAAUGCUAGGCUCCCAACUGUGUCACGAUACUGCCUGUCUUGGUAUUUGCUGGCAGCGAGUUGGUGAUGCUGUUGCUGUAAAGGGCUGUCGGAGGGAGCGACUGGACUCUUUAGUGGCCAGGGUGCUCUUGCCGGCCCUCUCCUGUGCUGCUGGGAGUAACGGUGCCAACCCGUGGCUGGCCACGAUAGCCUGGGAGAGCUACCUCAAGGGCAGACCCGUUGAGGACAGGUAUCAGAUCUAUGCCCUUUGGGACCAGGCCGGCCGUAGUGACCCAGCGGACCUAGGUCAGUUCCCCCUACAGUUAGUCCAUGCCAAGGUGAGGAAGGAGACCAAGUCCUUGCUAAAGCGUAUCGUGAAGGAUGCCCAACAGAGUGAGGACAAGUUGGCCCGAUACAGCCCUUACGCUUGGACCAAGUUGGCCCUUAUGAACCCUCUGCCGUGCGCCCAAUAUGUCGUCCACAACCUCACAGAGAGGUCCAAUAGCAAUCUCAUUGGGCCCUACAUUGACGUCACUGGUCGCUCUGGAGAUAUGACCUGUGACACUGUUGGUUAUGAACUCCUAUGUGAGGCUACAAACCCUCGACUCACUCAAGCGGUGGGGUUCCUUAAUAAGGAGAGUGCAGUGAUCGAGGGAUGGAUUCAGAACCUCAGCGAAUUUGCUGGUCGCUUCUACCGCAAGCACUCCCAUAUAGACAUGCGGGGUCUGCUUAAGGUCAUCAGAGUUUGCCUCAGACCACCGAGCCCUCGGACCAGCACUGACCAGGAGACUAUCAAUUUUCUGCUGGGCCAGUCCUUGAUGCGGCAGUUGCUGCAGGGUCUCAUAUCGUACGUUGGUGGUUUCACGGUCAUCGCUGAGUUGAACGACGAGCAGGUGCAGUGCCUUUCGGGGGGUCCGGUCCUCUGUGCGUUGUCGCAAACCAUCAAUCCUGAGGCGGGAGGGAUAGGGGGCACUGGUGGCAGUACUGGCGGCAGGUACAGUGAGCGGGCGAGGGCUGCCCUCCGAGCUGCAAUGACUCAAGAAGGCCCUACUCUGAUCCAGAGCUUUUGGCAUAGCCUGAUGGCCCAGAGGGAUCUACUGGUCAGUCAUUCUGCUAUCAUCAACGGGUUCACUGAGAAUAAGGGAGGACUCAAACUGCUUGGAUAUCUCUUGGACACGUCCCAUACGCAACUGCUUCAGCUCACGCAGUACCUGGUCUUGGUAACCUCUACGGCUCAUCCCUACUCGGACCUCCUUCCUGAUAUACACCAACUUUUCCGCCCCAAAGGGCACAGGCUAAUGGCGGACCAGUUGCCUCUGGCCUUCCAUCUCUGUCGCCCUGGUCUGCCUCCUUAUGGCGUGUUGCCUGCCGAGGACGAGAAGGACCGGCAGACUAUUGUGGCCGAGCUCAGCGAGGCUGUGAAGCCGUUCUUGCCUGGGCAUAGCGAGGACGCUUUGGACGGCCUGUCGCUGGGCUUCUACCUCACUUUUUGGCGCCUCAGUCUUUAUGACAUAUACGUCCCCUGUGACAGCUACAAGAAGCAGAUUGCCUUAAUGGAGAGGGAGAUGGUGGAGAUGCAAGGGGCCGCGGAUGGCAGGCCCACGGCUGCUACUCCCAGCCCGACCAAGCAGACCAUCAAACGUGCGAAGAAGGAAAUCCACCGUCUUAAGGAACAUAUCGACAAGCUCCGAGUAGAGGAGACUCUACAGCUUGAGAAUCACCAUAGAGUGCUCGAGCGACUACGACGGGAAUGCGGAGGGUGGUGGAAACAAGAAGUCGGCAAUGAACAGGCUACGAUCGGUCUUGUUAAGUGGAUGCUGGCUCAGCGUGUCAUGUUAUCCGUCCAAGAUGCCCUCUUCUGUGCGCACUUCGUUAAGUUGCUGGUAACGCUGCAUCCCCCAGGCUUCCAGCUCCUAGAUUUCUACAAUGUCGCCACGACCCUCCUCAUGGUCUUGGUUCAAUGCUGUACCGAAUCGGAAGCUCGGUGGUUCGGCGUCUUCCUGCGAGACAUAAUGCACUACGUUAAAGACCUGAGGUCGAUCGGUGACAGCACCAAGUUUGCCGAUUAUGUAGCGGGCAACUCUGCCUUCUACCGGCACUAUCGUCCCUAUGGAGAGAAGGAUGCGGAGUACCUCAAACUAUCAGAGUUGAAGAAGGGUCACGCCAAGUGGGAAGGCCGAGUUUGCAAAGCCUUGAAACCUGGUCUUGAGAAGAGCGCAGACUGGUCCGAGAAGCGCAAUGCUCUCACAGUCCUCAUCAGCUGUCACGAGUAUUGUCCAGUACAUUACCGGUCCGCUCGAGCCGUUAUGCACCAAUUGGAGGCCUUGUCCAAGGAUCAGGGACAGCCGCCCGAUAUUAAGACUAUGGCUGGAGGUUUGCUGAGUAAAAUGAAGCAGAGAGAAGACUCCAUUCUGGAUCGUCCCCCUCCGAAGCCCGCCCAUGAUCAUUCGAAGACAUCCGAUGGUCAGAACGCGUCCACUGAGGCGCAUGGGAAGUCCGCCGAGGUUCACAACGAGCGACCGGAUGGUCACACUAGGACGACAAGCUCGGGUCAAGGCCAUGCACUUAACGCGCUCUCGUCACCUGGUGCUGGAGUAAAGAGGACAGCUACAGACAGUCCGAAUAGUACGACCACAUCACCCGAGGGGAAGAAGCUGAAAACUAACGAUGAGAGAAGCGAGAGAAGUUCUGCAAGAGAGCGCGGCCGACCGCCUCGAGAGUGAUGAUCACAGCUGCUGUUUCUAUUAUG